CCUGUAAAGGUAACUACGACGUCGAAGAAGAUAGAUUAUUAACGGUCUACAUUUGACCAGACAUUUUAGAAAAAAUAAUACUCCUCAUUUAGAAGACUGCCGAAACGUCACUCGCUAUACGUACUGCGGCGUAACACUAUUUGAAGUUGUCUACCAACGUGUGGACUAUUUGAUCGUUUACGCGAUUUGUGUUACCAUAGCAAUUGAUAAAUUGGACGGUGACUCAAAUUCAAUCGAUGUCUCUAGAACCGCGACAAGCAUAGCUGACCUUUGUUUGGAGUUUUGGAUCGAUUUAUACGUUCCAACAGACUUAAUAAUGGCCAAGAAUUCCAUUCACGUUGAACCGCCGCUCGUCGAGUUCAAGGACGUGGAAGUGGGCAAGCUCUACACGACUGUCAUCACUGCCACUAAUGUUGGCAGAAUCACGAGGGAAAUAUUCUUUGAAAACCCCAAGUUAAAGGUGUUUAAGUUCUCAGCACCCAGAGUUGCCAAGAAUAUACCGCCUGGUUUGUCUGUAAGCGGCACACUGGAGUUCAUCCCCGUGGAAGAGAAGAAAGUCACAGACUACAUUUAUGUUCAUAUAGAUGCAACGGAAGCCAUUGAAGUCCCACUGCAGAUUUCUCCUCGGGCUUGCUCCCUAUCCAUGGACUCGGAAUUGGACUUUGGCUUUCUUCCUGCCAGCGGUCAGAUCUUCAGAAGAUACAUUCCUAUUACCAAUCAAGGAUCAGCAUCAGGUGUGUUCCAGGUGCUGCACAAUGGAGACUGUUUGGUCCGACUUUCUCCUUGCAGUGGAGUUAUAGCACCUGGCGCUACCAGGCGGUUGACAAUUGAACUGCAUGCCGAUAAACCAAGACAAGUUGAUGAAAAGGCCCUGGUCAGGCUUCAGAGUUGCUCCACUGUGAUUCUUAAGAUCAGAGCUCAAGUGGUUGAACAGCAUCUUGAGCUCUCGGACGUACAAGGGAACCCCUUGUCUCGUCUGUGUUUCGGACCAGUCUACUAUGGGACGUCCCGCGUGGAGCGUGUGGUCUUGACAAACAAUGGGCCUCAAGCAUGCGACUGGGUCUCCUUACUUAAGGGUUCUGCUGCUGGGACCGAAGGUGGAGCAAAUCUUGACAAGAGCACAGACUUCGCUUUGCUGCCCAAAAUGCAGCGGUGCAACCCAACCCCCCGCUGCCCAUGUCCGGUGGUGGAGUGUAUUCCCAACCAAGGCAGACUGGGACCAUAUAAGAAAAGUACUGUAACAGUACGCUUCAGCCCUGUUUUCCAUAGAUUACAGGUGAAGCGUCAAUGCCAAGCCAGUCGGCAGGACUACUGUCUUUUUCUACACCUGGACUCAGUUAGAAGCCAACAUGGAUUUGCUCACCAAAAUGGUAAAACCACUAUCGAGUUGGCGGUUACGGGCACCGGAUUGCCUGUGGAUCUGCAUCCGAGUCCCUCCAAUAAAUUUGACUUUCCCACUUGCGAUGUGGGCCAGCGUGUGGAACACCUUUGCGUGCUGCAGAAUCUCUGUCUGCAUCUUCCCAUACACUUCCGCUUCCGAAAGUUGGCGCUAUUUGCCGCUCAGCCUUCCUGCGGCACUAUUGCCCCUGGACUGUGUCAGGAAAUAGUUUUGGUUUUCAAUGCGCGGCAGCAGGGGACAUUCCAAAUGUGCCAGAAACUUGAUGUUUUGGGUUACGUCGCGCGCCAGAAGGCUAAUGACCCCAGAGAGGAUGAUGCUAAACUAAGGCUUGGCAGCUUUUACACCAUUCCACUACACCUAUCAGCCAUCUGCAAAAUUGAGACCACACAUCCUUCACCUAAAUUAAAUCCUGGUAUUACACCAGUGGUGAGCAAUCCCACAGGUUUACGUCCUCACGUCCCAUCCAGUGAAUUGGACUGCUGCUAUGGAAUGGCGCGCGCUGCUGUGGUCAGCGCUCGUAAGACAACCUUCCACAUGCAGGACAGGAAGAAUGGUCAAAGGUUCGCGGAUGAGGAGUUUCUGGCUUUGCCAAACGACCGAAUCAGUAGCGUCAGACCGGCCUCACCUUACACCCAAUAUAGGACUAUCUUCACCGGAGUACAGCGAUACACCUAUUUGGAUCCAGAGUAUAGCUUCACUUGGGAGGAGAUGGAGAAAAAACGUCUGCAUAAACAAAGAUACACCGACUUCAUCAGGCAGCUCAGAGAAACACGCCUGCAGAAGAUCAAGACAAAACUUGAAGAGCAAGCGGACAAGUUUGGGAUUAUACCUGCACAAGGGCUUGAGUCACCUAAACUUGUCCUGCACGACGUGAAGCCUAAUCAGAAGUCAAGUAGCAGGUUGAAGUAUUCUUCCUGUAGCCAGCCCAAGAGCAAGACCCCCACUGCCAGACAGGUCUCAAUGGGUUCACAUCCAAUACCAGCUACUCACCAGGAGAUGACAGACUGUGACAAGACUUUGACACCUCAGGAGCUUUACCAGGUUAUCAUAGGCCCAAAAUUUGUGGACUUUGGCGAAGUGUGCUUCCAUUCGGUGUGUGAGCAGAAAGUGGAGCUGAUCAAUCCCCUGUCAACGUUUGUGCUGGUUCAGUUUGAAGUGGACUGCUUUGAGCUGCAGGGCUCGUGUCCUCUGUCUCACGUGCUGCCACCGGUUUCCCACAACGCAGUCACCCUCACGUUUCAAAGCAGCAAGCUGGGUCAAUUCUACAGGCCUGUGUCUUACACAGUGAAUCAGCAACAUCCUGGACAGAUUCUGGUCAAGGCUCAAGUCGUACGAAACUACUUGCAAUUGUCCACCCACCUGCUGACGCUUACUCCCAACGCAAACUUGCUUGCCUCAUCGGGCUACCGAAGCUCAGUUACUAUUCGAAACCCACGUAAUCAGCCUGCAGAAUUCACAUGGUGGCCCAUCGUUCCAGAGAGUGGCAUCCUGUUCUCUAUUCGACCAGCCACAGGUACAGUGGAGCCCUACAAAGAAAUGGAUUGUGAGGUGGUGUGGCAUGCCUCGUUCUCAUCACCUCUAGAAGGCGACUUUGACCUCUAUUGCAACGAUGGCAACGUACAACGGCUACACUGCAUUGCCAAGGUUGGCUCCACUUGCAUCCGACAAGCAGAGAGCAGGUUGAUGUUUGAGUCUGUGCCUCUCAACAUGCCCUCAGUCAGAACGAUGAUCGUACACAAUAAUGGCCACAACCACGCCUAUUAUCGAGUGCUUGAUGUGUGCCCUCUGCCGUGCUUGGUGGUCAUCCCGUGCGAGGGAGUGGUGCCCAGCCGAGGGAAGGCUGUCCUAAAGAUCCACUUCCACCCUGACUCCGUCAUCAGAUUUGAAACCAGAGUUUCCAUAGCUGUGAAGAACAUGAAGCCCCUUGAGGUGCGAGUCGGUGGGUCUGUGGAGCCUCCUAAUGUUGACAUCAGUGUGCCCCUCUUCCAUUUCUACGGUGUCCAUACUGGUUCUGAGAGAGCGGUACCUUUUGAAGUGAUCAAUCACUCAGCAGCUACAGCUCAGCUCACCUUCAACCUGUCACAAUAUCCAGACUUCUCUCUACAGGUUCCUCAGCCUGCUUCACAAGAGAAUUAUUCAGUUGUGAGGGUACUGGAGGCACGGGGACGCCAGACAGUCAAGUGCUAUCUUGUCUUCUCCCCAACCCAGUCAGCUGACUAUGACUUUAAACUGCCGUUGAUGGUUAACGGAAUGAGAUGGCCUGUUCCUUCUCCACCACCUUCCCCGACGUCCGGCUCACCCCAUUUUUCAUCUAGCAGCAAGUGUGUUAUGAAAGUGACUCCCUGGUCUAUCAACAUGGCAAUGCAACAACCACGCAUACAAGCCACAGUUUUGUGUGCUCCAAUCGAAAUGUCUCCGUUGAGUCUCCAGUUCAAUGUGGAAGCUUUUACACAACCUUCACAGUCCUAUUUAAAGACAGUGGAGCUCAAAGCAGCAUGCGAGCAGAGCGUCUAUUGGCGCAGUACCCGAAAGGAAAGCGUGCACUGGCGGUUCAAGCGUAGCGACACAACACCGCCAGAGGGUAGAGGAGAGGGCGAGCUACAUUUGUCUGUGUCUCCAUCAUCUGGUUGUCUGGAGCCUGGUCAGUCCAUCUGCUUGGCAAUCGGGAUCACGCCACAGGCAUUCAGAACAUACACGGUGACCAGACUUUCCCUCUCACUUUACCUGGGAGAGAAAGAAGGGGGCAAGAUGGGGCAUCCAUACAAAAAGCUUCCUAUCACUGUGAUCCACCAAGUUCCCAGUAUAACCAUCACCCCCCCUUAUUUGUUCCUGACCCCAGUACCCUUGGAAAGCAGCAUAUCAGCCAAACUUACCCUGGUUGCUUCAGAAUACAUCAGUGGAACCACUUUAACAGCUGAGAUAGAUGAGGUGGAUCUGGAGGACGGAACUAAGGUGCAGCCAUUCUGUAUCUCCUUCCCAGAAGGUAACAUCAUCCCCCUCCAAGACCAGGCAGCCAGUGUGAACUCACUGACCUGCCGGGUGUCUUUUUUUUCUUCGGUGACUCUGUCCAUUCGCACAAGCAUUACCUUCACUGACCACCUAAACAACAGAUUCAAGGUCAGGUUAUGUGCCACAAGUGACAAUUGUUUGUUGACUGUGUGGCCCCAAAUGGCUCUUCAACGCUCCAGGCAACAAAUAGUUCUCAGGGGUGGGGCAGCAGUUCUUGAAACCAUCACACAUCACACACCAAGUCCUGGAUCUGACCCAACGUCAUCGUCCUCCUUGUUUGACCCCAUCAGCUCAAUAUCCAAAACCUCAUCAGCAGACUCCUUUGAACAAAGCGACAGUGGGAGUCAGAGCAGCAGCCAAAGUUUACGGAACACAGAGACCCCGCAGACUGACAUCCGUGUGCCACUGUUCCCUGCUACAACAUCAACGGAGGGCCAAUAUUUCCAGGAUGUUUUACUAGCAUUGGAGAGGUGGUUUAGCUUCUUUGGCUGGGUGACUGGGCCACACCCCAUCACGAUACCAGUCACACUCAGAAGAAUUGUGUCAGAAGAUGAAGUCAAUAAUCCUGACUGCCAGACACAGGGAGUCAGCCAAAAAAAAGACCCCAGGUCUGCAGUGGAGAUGAUUCAUCAUCUGGCGGGCAGACAGAUUCCCAACAUUUCUCUCUGUCAGACAUUUUCCACAGAUUUGCACCAGCGCACUAUGCAGCUGCUCCAACAACAUGAGGCCAUUUUUGCUUUUCUCAGAGUACAAGGAGCUUGUUUGAGUCACAUCCAAGCUGAAUACCUACUGGAUGUGCUGGAGUUCAAGCACUGGUGCACCUUACAGUCUGAGAAGAAACAGCCAAGUGUGGACUAUAACACUAUUGACUAUGAGUCUCUGAGCAAACGAUGCUGGACCGAUUUUCUCCUGCAAAUAUACAAGGUCUUGGUGUUGUGCCGCGUGUCAGAGUGCCGUCCCAACCUAACUAAUGAGCAAAAUCAGGAAGAUGAAGGCGGAAUCCUCAACAUCCAGUCACUGCCCAGUAACCUCUACUCUCGCCACGAGCUCCUGCUUCUCUCAUGGCUUAAUUCAAACUAUCGUCACAUGAGGGACAUAGUGUGGACUUCAGGUACUGUCCCGCCAGUGCGCUGGAUUGUCAAUUUUGACUUGGACUUAAUGGACGGACUGGUACUUGCUGCGUUGCUGGCUGCCUAUUGCCCAUACCUGGUCUCCAGCCACUUUCAGAGGAUGUACAUCACAAAUCCCAGCAUGGAGCAGAUUCUGCACAACAACAUCAUUAUUGUCCAGGCCUUAACCAUGCUUUCUCUCAACAUGGAUCUGCAGCCCACAGACUUGUCAGAUCCCAACCCGGUGCAAAUGUUGAUGCUGUGUGUUCAUUUGUAUGAGAGGCUGCCUCAGUACCAGCCUGUAAACACCAUUACUCUCUCUGGAAAACUGCACAGAACUUUGAGCAAGCAGGUGCAUUUGAAAAACCCAUCCACUUCACCGGUCAAAUACCGAACCAUCAUUCUCGGACAAGAUGCCAGCCUGUUCUCCCUGCCCGAUGGCUCUGCUGUCACCAUUCCUCCAAACGCCAGCACUGAUUUGACGGUGCAGUACUCCUGUUCAUUCCUGCAGCCUAAGGAAGCCGUCCUACUGCUCAUCUCUACUUCAACAUCUGGUCUGCAUGGCGUCACUUUGACGUUCAAAAUCAACACAUGUGUUAGUCAGAUCACACCCACAGAAAGUGUCAAGUGCAAGACUCCAUGCUAUCUGCUAAAAGUGAUUAAACUUCCAAUAAUAAACACAUUUAAUACGGAAAAUCAAUUCAAGGUGAUGCUGAUCGAGUCGACAGUUAACCCGUCGGAAUCAGAAAAGGAAACCACAAGUCUCAUACAGCAGGCAUCCUUCAAAGUCAAGAAUGAGAAGAAGCCUUCAAAGAGGAGCUGUCAUGAAGACAUGGCAGACGGUGAUGGCAGCGAGUUCAUCAGCACAGUGAGCAGUGUUAGUCUGAAGUCCGGCCAGGCUGACAUACUCAACCUCCACUUCCUUCCCUUCUCUCCAGGAGCCAAGUAUUGCGUCGUGUUGCUUAUUUGUCCCCAGGUCGGUGAUAUGGCCUACCUGGUGAAGGCAACUGCAGACUUGCCUCUACCUUCCGCUCUCAGAGUUAGGCACAGUUCAAACAUAUUCACCAUCCCUGGGAACUGCGUGGGCUCGAGUGGCUUUGUGUCAGCGCUGCGCCUGCGCUGCACUGUCGGAAAGACGUGCGAGGAGCACAUCCGCCUACCCCUGAUCAAUUCGUCCUGGGAAAACGCCCUAUCCAUGUGGGCGCAACACAGAAUGACUGCCAUUGAACUCCAGAGACGAAUGCUGACUUUCACUUUGCAUAGCAGCAGUGUGAGGGCAAGCAUGGCAGCAUGCAUGCUUUCUAAAAAGCAGAGCCAAAUGAAAGACGUUGAUUACAAAAGCGGGGUAGUGUACAGCAUGGAGGCUUCAUUGCCUCGAUACUUUACCGUACCCAGCAGUGUUACGAUGCCCAUAAAGAAAGAGACCAACAUAUGGAGGAAUCCUACAGAUGACGAUUGUGUGGAAAUCCCCUUGCGGUUCAAGGCGGACACAGUAGGACAGUUCUCAUGUCAGAUCAUUCUGAAGUCCUGCUUUGACACCAGAGUCUACUUGAUGGAGGCGCUGGUCACCUCGCCGGGAGGAUCUGUUCAUUUGGACUUCAGUUCGCCUGCUCAGCAUCCAGUCACACAAGAUAUCCCUCUGCAAAAUGAGACCCACCAAGAUUGGACCUUGAAGGCUGAGUUGUGUGUUGAAGGCUUUUUUGGCCCCAAGGUUUUGAUUGUACCAGCCGGAACAAGAGCUUGUUACCCUCUCACUUUUCAUCCAACGACACAAUGCGUUGUCAUGGGGAAGCUGUCUUUGCAUAACAGCGUCAACCGGGUGGAUCAUGUCUUCACUAUUCGAGGAGUGGGUGAGCGCCCCCUGCCUGUGGAGCACCUUGUACUACGAUGUCCUGUGGGCAAGACCACUCACAGACAGCUGAGUGUCCCCAACUACAGUCGGAACGCAGUCUUGCUUCAGGUGGUGACAGACCUAUCUAUUAUCAGUGGCAAUUCAUCCCUAAAAGUUCAACCUGGUCAAAGCACUCUGUACACCCUGGCUGUGUCGCCAUGGAAACGAGGAGAGCUAUCAGGUUAUGUAUCAUUUGUUGAGAUUGAUCAGCCGGAUGAGGGAAAUGCUAACAAAGUGAAUACCGUUGGACACUAUGAGGUGUUCUACACUCUUGAAAUAACUUGUGAACCAGAGGCACCAGUGCACACCUUUAAUGUUCAGUGCACUGUUCAAAGCUCCGUCGCCAUAGAGAUCCCUGUCAGUAACCCGGGAGAAGAGCUCCUCAUGCUCAACGUGGACCUGGAAGGAGAUGAUUUGUGUGGAGCGGACUGGGUUUUCAUCCCCCCACAAGAAACGCUGACCUACAAAGUCACAUUUUCUCCAGUAAAAGUUGGGAAGACCAGAGGCAGCGUGGUGUUCCAGUCUGAACCAGUCGGAGAGUUUUGGUAUCAGUUGGAGCUUUAUGCUAUUCCCUCUGCUGUUGUGACACUACCACAAGCUAGCUGUCCAUUGGGAAAGUGGACUCGCCAGUUCAUUGCGGUGGUCAACCCAACAGCAGAUACAAUCAAGGUGAACGUGACCAACACUAACCCUCGGAACUACACGCUGGAACUGGGCUCGGAAAGCACUGUUACUGUAGAGCCCCACUCUGCCAGCCAACUUGGGGUCCUCUUCACUCCAUCAUCUCUUGGAGAGUGUAACCACGGAGCAAAGAUCACUUUCACAUGCCCUCAGUUGCAGCAAUGGUGUGUGUUGUUGUUUGGCCGGGGUCUCGAACCCAGACGAGAGGAACCUUUGAGCAUCUCUUCUACAGUCGGCGCCAGCGAGUCUUUAACCGUUCGCUUCACAAAUCCCACCGAGCAUCCAGCCACAGUUGGAAUCACACUUACAGAUAAAGAUCCAAGUGCUGCCCCUGACUUUGUUCCUGUGACUCCUGAAAAGAAUGUGUUCUCGCUAUCUCUGAGUCAAGUGGAAGGUAUACAGAUUAGUGAGGGGGGAAGUUUGGAUGUGCCGGUUGUGUUUGCACCCAAGUCUAUGGACCCGCAGCAGUCCUGGUUAUGCAUCUCUAUGACGCCCCUCAACAACGUUACGAGCGGAAAAAGGGCAAGGAGGAAGCUGUCGACCAUCUGUUGGAUCUACCCUCUCUGUGGGAUUCCCGUGAAAGCGCCUGUUGAUUACUCACCACUCUGCGUGCUCCAGUGUGAAGCGGGCUGCCAGCUGGAAAAGAGGCUUGAUGUCCAGCUCACUGGAUUAGUGUCAAAUGCUCCAAGUGGACAUGAAGUUUCCGAUGUGUUUGUGGAAGACUUCCAAUGUGAGGUGUGUUUUGAAAGUGAAACCGUGGACUGCCUGACCGCUUCUAUCGAAGCUGGGAGGAGGGACCCCGAGACCGGCGUUGUAACGCUCACCAUCAAUCUGCUCCACAGUCCGGUCGAGCAAUGCAGGUUCUCAGCUAUUCUAGUGGUGCAACAUGCGUCCGGACAAAUCUGGAAGUUUUCCCUCGAUGUCAUGGCCACAGAGCCCCAGGUUGAUGAUGUCAUGGACACAGAUGUCACAGAGUUUGGUCAAACAUCCGCGCUGGGCUUCUACUUGACCAGCACCACUCGGAGGCCGGAGCCCUUUACUGCAACGUUCCUGCCAGGCAGCAGCAGUGAGUUUGCUGUAACUCCAACCUCUGGAAUGUUGCCGCCUGUUGAUUCCAGCGGUGCCCUCAUCAAUGUGUUUUUCACCCCCGCCAUCAAAAAUAAGAGGCACAACGCAAGACUUACCAUCCAGGCAACGGACAUGCUGUGGAAGUAUGACAUCAGAGGUGUGACGCCUCCUCUGAUUGAAACGUCACCUAACAACACGGUUCCGGUGCCCACUAGAGAACAGCAUCCCAACUUUGUAACAAGGAACCUUCGUAUUCCGGCCCUGGCAAAGUCAUCACCGCUGAAAUUUUGUAAAUAACUCUUCACCUUUUUUGUCAUUACAUGAGGUGUCAAACGUUAUUAAAUAGCACAGGUUUAGUUCAUGUUAACAAGUUUACACAGUUCUCUGAAUUUGCCUCACCCCCAACAGAGGUACAAAUCAGCUUGAGGAGGAGAGUGGGCUUAAUUAGUACUUUCAUUUGUAGCAAUGAUAAGUGGCCAUUAGUUUAAAGUGUUUAAAUGUGCUACUUUUUCCAUUUUUGUGGUUAAUAGUAAUAACGAGUUUUAAUUGUAAUCACAGUAAUAUUGAAGGUUAAUCUUUUUCCUGAUUUUUUGCACCCACUGGAGGCCUAGGUUCCCUCAACGUUUGUCUGGAUUGAUUACGUUAAGAGGUUUAACCCGUUCACAUGAUGAACCUGGGUGUGAGAAAUUACAACUAAUACAAGCUACGAAAACUUGCAUUGGGUGUAUAGUCCUAUAAACUGUGUUUUCAGGCGAUUCAUUUAUUACACUUUGGUUCCAGGUCAAUUUUAAGAAUAUUAUAGACAUGGAGAUCUUAAGGUAAUUCAAUUUUAAAGUGUGAUACAGUUUUCUUGAGUUCUAAAUGCCCAUUAAGGUUUUGUGCCACAGUGUUCACUCUGCAUUAAAACACAAACUUCUUGUUA